AGCUAGAUGAGGGAAGUCCACAUGGCCAGUGUAGAUGUGUCCAGGAAUGGCCCAGUAGAUCCCAAGCUCCUCUACCUGCCCUAUUUAGUCAGUUCAGGGGUCAGUGUCCGGCCUUGCAGUGAGGUAGGAGGUGGGGGCCUGCAGCUAGACAGGUGAGGUUCACCACCGGCUAGGGAAACAAAGCCCGGGCGAGUUCAGCCCGAUCCGGCUCCACUCUUCUCGCCACAGGCCCAAGCACUUAGUCCCUCCUCGCGGCAUUCAGAGAACAGGCCCGGCUGAUGCUUAUCCAACUAAACCUGCCUCCCUGCGGGGACCUUGUUCCAGCAAAAUUCACGUUGUCUCCUUCCACAUAGAACGAAACUCUCGCUUCCAUGUCUUUGCCCAGCUUCGCACCCUCACCACUCCAGCGAUAUGGCCUGGUUAGGUCCUUGUCCCCACUCAGGGGAGCUUCUCCUUACCCAGAACGGAGGAGGAGGCAAAAGGAGAGGGGGGGGAGAAACAGAGGGAAAGUGGUGCUGUGGGAGAGGGCGGUAAAGAGACAGGAAAGGGAGAAACAGACAGCCAGCCUGAGACAGAAACGGAGAGACCAGCACAGUGAGCCAGGAAGAACCGGAGGGGCCAGCAAGAGAGACACAAGCCCUCGCCACGAAUUCAGUAACGACUCCUUCCUCAGGUGUUUCUGGGGCGCCUCCGAGGUGCUCCGCCCGGGUCUGCUCUGGACACGACCGGCGGCAGGGCGCGGCAGUCUCACCCCCACCCCCUCGCUGUCUCCUCCCCACCUCUCCCAAGGGGGCCGGAACGGCUUCGGCGCGCGGGGGCUUUUCGGACCAGUCGAGUGGAAAAUAGACUUUAACCCGCUUUGUGGCAACAAGGGCGCCCGGAGCGCUCUCCCCGGCCGAGACUCCGGGCACUCAGGCAGGCCACUCUCAAGACCUGGCCUGGAGUCCUUGCAGAGCCUCGCGGCACGAGGACCUUCUGGCCUCAGGGCGCCGGGACGCACUGCCCGGAUCCGCGCACCCCGGCCAGGCCGCUCUGAGUAAGCCGGGCAGGAGCGAGGAAGCAGAUCGGCUUCUCGCAGUGCACGGGCAGGGUGCGGGUCCCAGCCUCCCCAUCACUGCCUUGUGUCCUCUUAGGCCUGGAUGCUGUGUUUUCCUGCGGCCUGGAAUGCCCUGGUGGAAAAGUUUGCUGAGUACUGGUUCUCCUUCCCAACUGCCCUCUCAUCCCCGACGAAUCAGUGCACGAAAUGGAAACUGGCUGGAGCAGAGUAGUCCGCUGCUCCGCGUUCGCGAGUGGAAGGUGAGGGUCGGAGGAAGCCAGGCGGCCGCUACGGUCCCGGGAUGGCCUGUGUGUCUUCUUGGAGGGUCUUAGGCGAUGGCUGUGGACUGUUCGGCCACCUCCAACGUAAGACAGUGUCUUCAAGACCUCGGCCUGUCCUGGACCGCCUGCACCUAAGCUCCGCAAUCAGAGAAGACGAGGAAAGCAGAUGGCCCUGCGAGCCGGUCGCGAUGCUCGUGGCUGGGCCAAGGACCUGCUUCCAAGCCCGGAGAAUUGCAGCUUGAGACGUCUGGGUGACCACUCCGCCAGCUCCUCUAGCGCUUUCCCUGGCCUGGCCUCUUCUGAAAAUAACUGCGUGUCCGCUUUCGGAAGCUGUCCCCCUUACCACCCAGAAAACGCGAAACCUCAGGAGCAAGGCCGCGGCUUCAGACUGCGUCCCAGGUGACGGACGAUGGAUCCUGAGGAUCCUUGAGGCCAGGGGAACAAGUUCUCAGGAGAAUUUAUUCGUUGGACCCCAAACACCCACAUUGCACUCGAAUUCAAGUUAUUUGAGAACUGAAACGACAUCCCGGGACGAACUGGAGAGGGUUCAACUGAUUUGCACACUGGGGAGUGGGGUUGGAGAUCCUCCCAAGCCCCAGACCCCUCACCCCUCACACACCUCCUUCGGCUCCGGCCUGGGUGGAGACGCUUACGGCUGCCGCCAGACUCAGCUAAAGGGCAGAGAUGCGAGAAGACGCGAGAGGAGGAAGAGGCCUAGCUCGCCCCGCGCAAGCUCCAGUCCGGUUUUUGCCUCCGACUGCUGGCUCCUUUCCCUUCCCGCGGUCCCUCGCCCCGCCCCGCCCCGCCCCCCACCUUGGGGCAGGUGAGCGGCGGCCAAUGGGCGAGCGCGGGGCAGGUGCCCGCUAACUCUCGCCUAGCAGCGCGGUGGCCGAGGCCGGGCAGGACACUGCUGGGAGGACCGGGGGCGGGGGUCGGUCCUGGCAGGACUCGGAAGGGAAGGGGCCGGGCUCAGUCCCCAGGCGGUAGAGGCAGCUCACAGCCUCCUUCGGAGCCCGCGCCGGUGCCGGCGCCGGGAGCUGCCCGCUUGGCCGCAGAGGCCGGCGCGCCUAGCCUCGCGCCGUGGCCCGACUCCGCGUUCACUGGCUCUCACGCCCCUCGCCGCACCGCGCCUGGCUUGUGGGCAGGGGCUGAGCGCGGGCGGGCGGGCGGGGGAGGUGAAGGGUGCUGGUGUGUGUGCAUGUGCCUGGCUGGGUGCACACCCCGCACGGCGGCGGCGCCAGGACGCGGAGCGCUCCCCAGAGCCCGGGUGCCUCGCUCGGCUCUGGCGGCCGCGACCAUGUUCCAGCCCACAGCCAAGCGCGGCUUUACCAUCGAGUCUUUGGUAGCCAAGGACGGCGGUACUGGAGGGGGUACUGGCGGCGGGGGCGCAGGCUCCCAUCCCCUGGCGGCGGCCGCCUCGGAGGAGCCGCUCCGGCCCACGGCGCUCAAUUAUCCUCACCCCAGCGCAGCCGAAGCGGCCUUCGUGAGCGGCUUCCCCGCCGCCGCGGGCGCCGGCCGCUCGCUCUACGGCGGUCCCGAGCUCGUAUUCCCCGAGGCCAUGAACCAUCACGCGCUGACCGUGCACCCGGCGCACCAGCUGGGCGCCUCCCCGCUGCAGCCCCCGCACUCGUUCUUCGGCGCCCAGCACCGGGACCCUCUGCACUUCUAUCCCUGGGUGCUGCGGAACCGCUUCUUCGGCCACCGCUUUCAGGCGAGCGACGUGCCCCAGGACGGGCUGCUUCUGCACGGCCCCUUCGCGCGCAAGCCCAAGCGGAUCCGCACGGCCUUCUCGCCCUCGCAGCUGCUGCGGCUGGAGCGUGCCUUCGAGAAGAACCACUACGUGGUGGGCGCCGAGCGGAAGCAGCUGGCCGGCAGCCUCAGCCUCUCCGAGACGCAGGUGAAGGUGUGGUUCCAGAACCGGAGGACAAAGUACAAGCGGCAGAAGCUGGAGGAGGAAGGGCCCGAGUCGGAGCAGAAGAAGAAGGGUUCCCACCAUAUCAACCGGUGGCGCAUUGCCACGAAGCAGGCCAACGGGGAGGACAUCGACGUCACCUCCAAUGACUAGGGUGGGCAGCCGCAACCCCACCAGGGCAGAGUGCCACACGCUGCUGGCCAGGCCCCCCCACCGGUGGGCCCAGCAGGACUCUGGCCACUCCUUGGCCGGGCUGCGUGGAGGCCUCAGGUCACGGCCCCGGAGGGCUCGGAGCCUGGGGCUGCCACCGACAGAGGGACAAGACGUGGGCUGGCUGAGGCCCGGGACUGCUCGACCUUCUCCUUGGAGAGCCUGCCCACCUGGGCAGCGCAGCCUCCCAGCCACUCUCCAUUUCUCUUAUCUCUUUUUUGUUUUGACGAAUUUCUGUUUUAAUUUAUUUUGCAGGCACCCGCUGUAGUUCUUAGUGAUCCCCUUGUGUCUCCCUUCCCUAUGGGAACAAUAAAAGUCUCUCUCUUAAUGA